UGACUUAUUUUGCAAAUAUCAAAACUUGAGCGAAACAUAACCUUCGACUCGACAAAGAAAUAAACAGAAAAUAAAUGAUUCAUUGGAAUUAAUUCCAAUCUUAUGUUUUUUUACGGAUUUUAAUGGCUAAAAAUUCAGCAAUUAUGAACAUCUCCAUGGAUUCCUCCUCGUCCGAUGCAACCAAAAGAAGGAGCUCGUCACGUCAAAUAAAGCGAAAAAAGUUCGACGACGAGCUCGUUGAAACUACCUUCAAUUUGCAGCCGUCGGCUACCGUGUCGAAAAUCAAUCCUCGCUCAAGACCAAUUGCCAUCCCUGUGACUUCCACUCAGGAUAUCUUACCUCCUCUAGCACAACAAGCACAGCAGGUACAGGCACUACAAACUCCCUUGUUACAACCUGCGGUGAUACCAGUGGUUGAGAAAACUCAUAAAAGACCAUCUAGACCAAGUGGUUCAAGUAGUAGUAACCGUAAAAGCAAGAAAAGUAAACAUCAUUCUUACUCUGUUAAUGCGACAAAAGAUUUGGGCCGCUGGAAACCAACUGAUGAUUUAGCACUUGUGAUUGGUGUUCAACAAACAAAUGAUUUAAAAAUGGUUUAUAGAGGAACUAAGUUUUCAUGCCGAUUUACUUUACAAGAAAUUCAACAAAGAUGGUAUGCGUUACUCUAUGACAGUGCUGUAUCACGAGUAGCAGUUCAAGCAAUGAGAAAUUUACAUCCAGAGUUAAUAGCUAAUAUUCAAGCAAGAACAUUGUAUAGCAAACAAGAAGAGGACCUAUUGGGUACCAUUAAAGCUGCAAGCCCUAGUGGACAAACACCUCCAUUAGAGGAAUUCCAAAGACUGUUGGAAACAAAUGCUCAAACUUUUUAUCCAGCCAGAACUGCAAAAGCCUUAUUAUCACACUGGCAACUUAUGAAACAAUAUCAUCUCUUACCUGACCAAACAGCUAGUUCUGUGCCUAGAGGAGAAUCAAUCACAUUUUCUGAUGCUGAAGAUAUGAUAAAUGAUAAUGAUUUAGCUGAACAAAAAAAUGAAUCUAUGGAUAAUGAACUACUUCUUAUAGACAGAAAAAAUAAAAAAGAAAUACGCACAUUGGAAAAUGAACUUGUAAGGUGGCAGGUUCUUGUUGAAAAUGUGACUGGCUCUAAUCAACCUCACUUUGACAAUGGAACUCUUGCCAUUCUCAGAGGAAGACUAGUAAGAUAUUUAAUGCGAUCACGGGAGAUUACAGUUGGGCGCAGUACAAAAAAUCAAAAUGUAGAUAUCGAUCUAUCUCUGGAAGGUCCAGCAUGGAAAGUGUCUCGUCGUCAAGGAACUAUUCGUCUGAAAAACAACGGAGAUUUCUUUUUGUCUUCUGAAGGCAAACGACCGAUCUUUGUCGACAGCCGACCAAUCCUUUCAGGCAACAAGAUGAAAUUAAAUAAUAAUAGUGUCAUAGAGAUCGCUGGGUUAAAAUUCAUAUUUCUUAUUAACCAGGAACUGAUAAAUGUAAUAAGGCACGAAGCAACAAAAUUAAACAUAAAUUCAACAUAAAACUAGUAUAAAAAUUGACUCUUAGAACUAAAAAAUAUCGUUCUAUGAUGGACAACUUUUUGAAAUAUCAAUGCUUUGUACAAGCGGCAUGUACUAGAUUUUACGGGUUCUUUUUAAUAGAACAUCUUUUGAGAAUAUAACUGUAAAUAUUUGGCAAUCAUCAUGACUAUUCUUCACACAUAUAUAUAUAAGUGAUCCUCAUCAUUGUACAUUAUACACUUAAGAG